UCCGCGGCGGCUCGCGCGGCUGGCAGCGGAGCGGGGGAAGCCCCUGCCUGGGAGCAGCGCGGGGCGAAGAUGCAGCCAGGCGCCGGAGGCCAAUGGCCGGGGCGCGGGGGGUGAGAAGGCGCCGCGUGGCCGAGCGUCCCUCAGCGGCUACCUGCCAGCUGCGCUCCGGGCAGCAGCGCCGAGGGCGGGAGAAACCCGGCGGCGGCGGCCGGGAGCCGCCGCUCUUGCCAAGGCGCAAGGUGACUGAGGAAAUGGCAGCAACAGCAGGAGGUUGAAGUCAAGCAUGGGACUGCUAAAUCCUUAUGCUGUCUGUAUUCUCCUUGGAACAAAGGCUCUGCCCCCUCCUACCGGGUGUGAUGCUGUGUCCCUGGCCUCUCUCAGCUGGGGUGCUCACUUUAGGAAGCAUUAUCCUGCUGGAGGAUGGCUAUGGAUGGAGUUGUUCCACGGACUGAUAAGUGCCCCUUUAAUCAAAUGGUAAUCUCCGUUCAUGGGCCAUGGAUCCGAAGAAUGCUAAGCACAGGAGGAAGCUGUCUUUUACCCCAGGCCAGAAUGAUAAGGUCCCAUGUUUUGACCCCGUAGUUCGAGGUGAAGAAGGUCUCUGUGGCUUUUUCUGCACGAGGUGCAAUGCAUCUAAUCCCAAAGAAGAGCUCGACUGUGCAUUAAUAGCAGAUGAGUGUCGACCCGCCUCAGAAGAACUUUUCCCUGAAUGGACAAUAAAAAUCAAACCCGUGAGAGUCUUGAAGCAUCGUCCGAGUGCUAUCAUCUUCACUGAGGAUUGUGUCUGGUGCAGAGGGAGCAUUGUUAUUGGGAAUGGACUUCCAUGCAGACCCGGAGGUGAAUGGGAGAGAAGAAAUGAUCCAGCCUGGCAGGUUGAACACCACAGACCAGAACUGAAGAGAGACCGAUGCAUUCUGCCCUGUGAGAGCAAUGGACCCGGAAAAUACAUAUGUUCUCAUACCUGCCCAGACCCUGAGGAAGUGGAGACAUGGCCCUGCUGUGUGUGUUUCACAUUACUAGAGGAUAAAAGGGACCCAGAAGUCGAGGCCAAGAAAGCUUGUGACUGGCUGCGUGCAGCAGGAUUUCCUCAGUAUGCACAACUUUAUGAAGACUCGCUAUUUCCUAUUGACAUCAUGUCCGUGAAGAAAGACCACAGCUUUCUGGACCAGGAUUCCCUCAAAUCCCUUUGCAGGAGGCUGAUGACACUGAACACAUGUGCCUCUAUGAAGCUGGAAGUCCACUUUCAGCGUAAACAGAAUGAAGACUCAGAGGAAGAUCUUUGUGCCAUCAGCGACCGAUGGGCCUUCCAGAGGGACAGCAAAAGAUGGUCCAGAGUUGGCUCUGUCGACUUUCUCUCCCACAGUCCAGAGGUGCUGAAUUCCACCAUGCGGCAGACAUCCAGCCGUGAGAGCAUCCUUACAGACCCCAGUGCCAAUCUGGAAGCCACUUCGCUCCACAGCAAUACCAGCACAGGCAGCACUGGUGGCACAGUUGGCGUUGUGGCCACCCUGCCUGACGGGUCACCCAGCCAGGACUCUCCGAACAUCACCAAAUCCAGUCAGAGCUUGAGUGACCACUUCGUGACAGACCAAUCCCCAAACCAGAGUGGGAGUUCUAAGGAAAAGUCCAAGAAGCGGAGGUCCCUCAGUUUCCUAAAAAGGAUAGAGUCUUUCCGAAGGAAGGACAAAGAGAAAUUUGACUCCAAAGCGAAGGAUGGCACUAGCGGCAGGACAGUGACCAAACCAGGGUGGGACUCUGUGAAUGGCAAUGGGGAGCUUACUGCUGCCAUGACCACCUCCCCCAAAAGAGGAAUGUCCUCCUCUUUCCAUGGCAACAAACACUUUAUCUCGGUGGGAUAUAGGACUAACGGUAUGUCAAACACAGGUGAGAGGAAGCCGGGCUCUGAACUGAGACGCGGUGCGGUCUAUCUGGAGGACUAUGAAACGGCUCUGAAAAAUAGCACCAGCUGGGCUGCUGGAGAACUGCGCCACCGGCACAUGUACCAGGGUGACUGCCUGAUCCACCUCCCUGGGGACCACAAGCCAGGGACUUUCCCCAAAUCUCUCUCCAUCGAAAGCUUGUGUCCUGUCGAUGGCAGCCCUUUGGCCAGCUGGAAAGCUGGGAACAAAGCAAUGGGGCUUUUGGGGUGUGGAGAGGGCGGUGGCAGCAGCAGCAGCAUGGACAACCCCUUGCCACGGGGCUUUGCCUGCCAGCAGAGGCGGGGCUCGUGCAGCUCCAUGGGCAGCCGGGCGAGCGUGUAUGACAACGUGCCCGAGUUUGGCAGCAGCGAAGACUUCUUCAGCAUGGAUGGGGAGGUGAGCUACAAAAAUCUCGAUGACAUCUUGCAGGACGUCUGGGGGCUGCAGCGGAAGGUGGAGCUCUGGUCUAAGGCGCUCAGCCCCAACCUGGAUGAGGAGGGAGAGGGGGAAGGGGAGGAGGAGACGGACUCAGGAGGGGAGCCCACCUUCCCCUCUAACCUGAACUUGGAAGAACAGUCCAUAUCUGACGUGGGCACCUCUGCCAGCGACUUUGACAGCACAGGCAACUCCUUGAAUGAGGUGGAGGAGAUCGAGAUGAGAGAGCGCAGGGAUUCAGGUGUGGGAGCCUCCCUCACCAGGCCUUGCAGGAAGCUACGCUGGCACAGUUUCCAGAACUCCCAUCGUCCCAGCUUGAACUCUGCCUCCUUGGAGAUCAACCGCCAGUCCUCCGCUCAGCUCAACCUGCUGCAGAAGUGCUCGCUGCUUCACCUCACUGCCAUCAUGGAGAAGCACUCUGUGCCCCACAAGCAGGCCUGGGCGUGGACUGUCCCCAAGUUCAUGAAGAGAAGCAAAGCCCCUGACUACAGGGACAAAAUGGUCUUUGGGGUCCCGCCAAUCAUCAACGUGCAGAGGACAGGGCAGCCUCUGCCACAGAGCAUCCAGCAGGCCAUGCGCCACAUCCGCAGCCAGUGCCUGGACCAGAUUGGCAUUUUCCGGAAGUCGGGGGUGAAGUCUCGGAUCCAGGUCCUGAGACACAUGAACGAAGCUUCCCCCGACAAUGUAAACUAUGAAGGGCAGUCGGCCUACGAUGUGGCUGACCUGCUGAAGCAGUAUUUCCGCGACCUGCCAGAGCCCAUCUUCACCAGCAAGCUCACCGACACCUUCCUGCAGAUCUAUCAGUUUGUCCCAAAAGAGCAGAGGCUGCAAGCUGUCCAGGCAGCCAUCAUUCUGAUGCCAGAUGAGAACCGGGAGGUGCUCCAGACAUUGCUGUACUUCUUGAGUGACAUUGCCUCAGCUGAGGAGAACCAGAUGACAUCCGGGAACCUGGCGGUGUGUCUGGCCCCAUCCAUUUUCCACCUCAACGUGUCCAAAAAGGAGAGCACCUCACCCAGGAUGAUUCAGAAGAGAGGCACCAUAGGAAAGCCUGACCAGAAGGACCUGAAUGAAAACAUGGCUGCCACCCAGGGGCUCUCCCAUAUGAUCACAGACUGUAAGAAGCUGUUCCAGAUACCCCACGACAUGAUGCUUCAGCUGGGCAACUCCUAUGUGGCAGCAGAUGCCCACCCGCUCUCCCUGGCUGAGCUGACGAGCCACAGCUUGCAAGGGGAGGGCAAGGAUGUCCAGGCUUACUUGGAAGACAACGUGCAGAACCUGCUCAAAGAGUCCUCCGAGAGAUUCAAAGGGUGGCUCAGCACUGCAGGGCCCCAGAACACAGAGCUCUCUUGCAAAAAGGUUGGUGACGGACAUCCGCUGCGUUUGUGGAAGGUCUCCACAGAGAUGGAGGCCUCUCCCUACAUGGUGCUGCAAAGGGUACUUCGGGAGCGUCACUUCUGGGAUGAGGACCUGCUGCAAGGCGAAGUGAUAGAGGCCCUGGACAAGAACAUGGAGGUUUAUCACUACAUCACGGACAGCAUGGCGCCCCAUCCCCGCAGGGACUUCGUUGUUCUCAGGAAGUGGCACACGGACUUACUGCAAGGAGCUUGCCUGCUGGUUUCCAUGUCACUGGAACAUGAGAAGCUGCAGGUGGAAGGAGGGGUCAGGGCCGUGGUGUUAACAUCUCAGUAUCUGAUUGAACCGUGUGGGAUGGGUCGGUCCAAAGUGACCCACGUCUGCAGAGCUGAUCUCAGGGGCCGGUCUCCCGAGUGGUACAGCAAGGUCUUUGGACAACUUUGUGCCAUGGAGCUGGCAAGGAUACGAGAGUCUUUCCCAGUGCUUAACCCAUGUGGCCCUGAGACAAAGAUUUGAGGAGACUGGAAGAUGCUCGCUCCUGUUUGAUCAUGAACCUCCCAGACAAUGUGGGGUGGAGCAUAGAGAGGGAACAAGGCCAUCAGCAGGCUGUUGGCAUCUGGUUGGGUGGGGGCAGUGCCUUUCCAGGCACCUGAGCAUGAGCCUUCCUUUGAACCAACCACCAACCCUGAACGAGCCAGUUGUUUUUUCCAUCUUUGUGUGAUCCCUUUCCUCUUACACACCAGAUCUUCAGAGUUGUGCCCAGCAACAUGCCCUCCUGGGCACCAGGGGUCAAACGGAAGCCAUCAUUUCCUGCUUCCAGAAUGCCCAUUGCUGGUUGGAAGGCAGCGAGUCUCCUCCCUAAAGCUCUAAAGAGCAGCUUUGCAGAAAUGAACCAGUGUGCUGCUUGUGGGACAGCUCUCUCCAGCAAUCGCCCGCCCGCCAUGGGGAGAGUGGGGCUGGGGAGUCCAUACAGCAGGCUGAGCCGUGAAGCAACUGGACCAGAGUCAGACCCAUUAACCCCCUUUGCCAAACUGACCAUGGGCUCACCCUCUCAGCCCAGGGACUGGACUCAGCCAUAAGAGUCAUGGUGCUUGAAGUGACCAAGGAUGAUGCUGACGUGUAGGAGAAGUGAGAGACAGUGGAGCUGGUGCAGUGUCUGUAUGGCCAUGUGUGGUGUCUGGAGGAGCGUCUGCUGGGGAUGUUACAGUGCAUGUGAGCUGUACCUAGCAGUGUGGCGCACAGGCAAUCAUAGUCUGAGGAGCUGGUUAAUGUCAGAUGGAUGCUGUUGUUAUAUUGGUUUAUAAUUAAUGACUGCCAUGUGUUGAAUGGCAAAAAGGAAGCUAUUUUACUCUGGGUGCUGAAUUUCACUGGGGAAGGAACUCCAGGUCAGUGCUUUCUACUUGAUCAGACACAGGGAAUCUCUAGCACCCCUGUUUUUAGCACAGGGCCAUGUGGACCGAUGAAUGAGGAUGCAAAUGUUUUGCUAAUCAGGGGCCCAGUCCUAAUCCCCAUUGAAUCCAGUGGGAGCUUAGCCGUUCAUUUUAAUGAAUUGGAUCAGAUCUGAGUUUGAUGAGUCCAAAUUCCAAAGCUUGCACCCUUGUCCUUGUAUCUGUGUGUCAGCUGUACACGGAGGGUUGCCAUUAAAAAGCUGGGGGUGAGACCAAAAUGGCACAGUGCAGCUCCCUGAUCCCCCUUUGGCUGGGUUUAGUAAGCAUCAAGGUACUCCCAGGGUCAGAGUUCCAUUUGUCUUGUGGUGUGGGGGAGGUGAAGAACACCCCCUCCAUUACACGAAGAUACCCUAAAAAUGUAUCAUCCUGCUGGCAAACUAUAGCCUGGAUGCAGGGGAGGUUUAAUAGCGUUGGCCAUUAGUGCCAUUUUAGUCAACCAGAUGGGCAGGGAUUGGGUUAGUACAAUCUAGUUUGCUCACAUUGUUAUGGACACUUGAUCUCCCCUUAGUUCCCUCCCCCCAGAGAAGCAGUGCUCGCUGCACUGCAGAGGGGAGGGGAAGGCAACACCAUAACUCUUGAUCCAAGGAUCCAACUUCUGUGAUUGUGUCACUCCCCCACUUUCCCUCCAAACUCGCAAAUAAUCUGACCAUGACAUGCACUUGACAGGGUUUCUUUUUUAACCAGAGACCCAAACAACUCGACAUUGUUCCAAUUGGAAGGCAACAAAACCCACUGGCAGUAGAAAUUGUCAGUUUCCCCAGUAACAAACUUUCCCUCUUUCUAGUGCACACCAGCUGUAUUCUGUUUGUGUUUGGUUUUGUAUAACUAAUGUUUGGGACUGAUUCUUGCCUCAUUUUUUUAUGUUUCAUUUUCUAUCUAUAAAUACUGUACAGUUGGAAUAUUAAUAUAUAACUCAGGCGGUAAGAGCUUGGUGCUAGGUGAUGAACACCAGGACGAUGUGUGUUUUCUAUUUAAGGGACUUCUUUUUUGUAUCAGAUGCAGCCGCUGCAGAUUGUCUGACUCCAAAGGGGGCUGCGAUUUCCCUGCCGUGUAAUAAUAAAGUACUAAUGGCA